AUGCGCUACGAGAAUUGGGACGUCCUCCUCUUUGCCGAGGGGUCGAGGGUGCCCAUCCAGGAGUUUAGGACGCAGUGCUUCGUUACCAAAGACCGUGGUGCUAAGUUUUAUAUGGCGGAGUUUUUAGAAUCUCCGUACUUGCAGACCCAAGCAUUCAUUAACCCGAGUCUUUUCUUUCCCCAGAAUAACAACAGUCUUCAGGGUGGCCCUGGCCAGGUUCCAGUCCUCACCACUUUCAUUCCAAGUCUUCCCCAGGACAACCCGUUUAGGGUCUCCAUUCAUAGCUGGGAGAGGCCUCGCCCCACCAGGGUUCUGGAGGGUGUGAUGCAGCCGGAUGACUCUGUCAUGUAUGAGAAGUCUCAGCUGAAGCGGGUAGACCCUGGCAUCAUUGCUGAGAAACUUCAAGGGGAAGCCUUUUCAACCAAAAAGCUCAUUGGCCUCAUGUCAUCGGUAAGUGUUUUUCUAUGGAAAAAUACCCAAUGUCUGACUCCCAAGGCUGACGUGCAUAUAGAAUGGAGUUCUCAUGUUCUAGAACACUCCAAUAUCGCUUGGCCAAAUCCAGGAAUGUGGCUCCAAGGCCCUCGUGCCUUUUUGCCGUAUAGUGUUGGGGGAGAGAAGGCUUAUGUUAAAGAUGAUGAUGCGCAUUCGCAUUCACCAAGCCGUCAAGACACUCGGCCUACAAUCGGUAACAUAGGUCCCGGCCAGGCUAACUUACCCUACCGACUUCAAGGGACUGCUGCCGUGCCAUGGCAGCACAAUCUUUGGCCCGAAGGCGAUCUGGGAUGGGUUGUCCCGACUCCCCCAAUUGUGGAUCCUUUUGUUGAUCCUUACAGGAAUUGUAGCAAUAAUCGCUCGACCUUGGAUGACGUUUCGAUGCCAGAUUACGUGGCUUCGACUACAAGCAGCAGCCGAGCCAUAUCUAGUAACAUGAGCUUUUCAAGGAACCAAGAACCUAGCGCACCAGCUCCGAUUGAUGACGAACAGUAUAACCAGCUAAUUGAGGCAUUGAGUCCUAAAAAGGUUGUUAGUGGCGGUACAUGUGCUCCUGCCAACACGCCAGUUUCGACUGCUCCGAAAAAGACCAAACCGUCGGCUACUGCGGAGACUCGCGUUAAGGCAACACGUUCUGGACCGCUGCAAGAGAUUUCCCAGCCUGGUUCAAGGGUGUCUUCUGCUUCCAGUGUUGUGUCUGAUGCAUCUUCUGGCGGAAAACUCCCUGGUAGCCUUCUUAGUCCCAGCCCAAAUGCAUUCGGCAAAGAAAAAGGCUUAUCCCCGGCCUCUAGCAGAGAUGGUUCUGUUUCACGCGGGACUCAUUUGAAGCCGACACUUCCAGUUACUUCCUCGAUUGAUAGCAAAAGGAAAAGGUCACCAAAAACAGAUAGAAAGAGCAUUGAUUCAACGUCAUCGUUGUCACCGACCCCAUCAAAAAAGAUCUCUCGCCGAAAGGAGAAAGAAACACUAGAAAAGGAAAAUUCUUCGGACCUGUCUGCCACGAGGGCUACCAGAUUGUCGAUCUCCGACGUCGAAUAG